AUGUUAUGGAAAGAUGCCAGCAAAUGUAUUACAUGCCCUAAAGAUCUUUGGUCAGAUGAGAAAAAAGAUAAGUGCAUUCCGAAAAUCGUAGACUAUCUGUCUUUUAAAGACAUCUUUGGGUCAGUCUUAACAUUAAUAGCAAGUAUAUUCACCUUCAUUUCAAUGUCUAUCCUCUGCAUUUUCAUAAAGUUUCAGGACUCUCCAAUAGUUAAAGCCAAUAAUCGAGAACUUAGUUACCUUUUGCUAUGUGGUCUUUCAGUGUGCUUCAUCUGUUCUAUUAUAUUCAUAGGGAAGCCUCAGUAUCUCAGCUGCAUACUUCGGCAAACUGCAUUUGGUGUGAUAUUUUCUAUUUGUGUUUCAUCUCUCCAGGCCAAAACUGUUAUUGUGGUUAUUGCUUUCAAAGCUACAAAUCCAUCUAGCAAGCUGCGGCUGUGGGUAGGCUCAAGGUGGAUUCCAUACUCCAUUGUCAUGUUUAGCUCUGCUGUACAAGUUAUCAUAUGUACAGUUUGGAUAGCUGUUGCCAGUCCAUUUCCACAGAAGAAUAUUAAGUCUGAAAUCGGAAAGAUAAUACUUGAGUGCAAUGAAGGCUCUACCUUCAUGUUGUACUGCAUGCUGGGUUAUUUGGGAUUUUUGGCUACAGUUUGCUUUAUAGUUGCUUUCUUAGCAAAAAAUUUGCCCGAUUCCUUUAAUGAGGCUAAGUAUAUUACAUUUAGUAUGCUUGUUUUUAUCAGUGUCUGGCUUUCUUUUAUUCCAGCAUAUGUGAGCACUAAAGGAAAAUAUGUUGUCAUUGUAGAAAUUUUUGCAAUUUUAACUUCCAAUGCUGGACUACUUUUUUGCAUAUUUAUACCAAAAUUGUAUAUCAUUUUACUAAGGCCAGAUCUGAACACCAGAGAAAAAUUAACUGGGAAAUAA